AUGGAGCAACAUAAUCAAGUGUACAGACAUAACCAAGUGUACAGACCAUACACAUACCAUAGUGUACAGAAACAUUUGUGCAGAGUAUGGCCUGGAGACCCCAGGGUCAAGGUGAAAAGACCUUCAAAGAUUGUGGAGAAUGGCUGCGCCAAGAUUCUGAGGCACUUCCAGAUACAGAGUGACAGAAUGGUGAUGGCGAACCAACUAGAAACAGUGGUGGUGGCAGAACAAAGCCAUGGAGGAAUGCAGGAUGUGGAGAGGUUUUGCCUGCAGGAGUAUAUGCAAUGGUGGAUCAGCCGGUCUUCACUUGUCUCUUCACUCAAGCUGUUUCUGGGAACUGGGAUUUUGAACAUGGAGGAAGAGUCUUUACUUAAUAUGACUUUUGUCCAUCCUGCUCAAUUUUAUAUUAAUGGGUUUUAUGAUUUUCCCCAUGGCACUUAUUUUUAUAUUUUUAUGUGUUUUGUUUAUAUACUGACUGUCUUUGGAAAUGUGGUUCUUCUUCUGAUUAUUUUGCUGGUCAGAACUCUCCAUACGCCCAGAUACAUGAUUGUGUUUAACUUGGCUGUGACAGAUCUGUGCGGCAGCACUGCUCUUAUUCCCAAACUCUUGGACACCUUUCUGUUUGAAAACAGAUACAUCUCCUAUGAGGCAUGUCUUAGUUACAUGUUUUUUGUGUUGACUUUUGGCAGCAUGCAGUCCUGGACACUUGUGACAAUGGCAUAUGACAGGUUUAUAGCUAUAUGCUUACCUUUAUACUAUCACAGUGUGGUGACUAAACCAGCUGUGGCACUGGCACUCUUAUUUGUUUGGCUCCUAGUUUUUGGUGUAAUAGGAAGUGUAGCUGGCCUCAUAAAUCGUCUCUCAUUUUGUAAGUCUUUGGUCAUUCAGAGCUUUUACUGUGAUCAUGCAUCCAUGUAUCGUCUUGCCUGUAAUAGUGCAUUAGUAAACCAAAGAUUUGCUGUCUUUGGUGGGGCUAUUAUGUUCAUUUUUCCUUUAGUUUUAAUAGGCUGCAGUUAUGUAAGUAUAGCUGUUGCACUGAGGAGAACUGGAUCUAGUAGAAACCGAUUUAAAACUAUUAAAACAUGCUCUUCCCAUCUAAUACUUGUUGCCAUAUUUUUUAUUCCUCUUGUGGGCACAAAUGUAGCUGUUUACUUCCCAAACUUCCACCCAAAUACUAGAAUGAUCAACUCUACUUUGUCACAGACAUUUCCAUCUAUGCUGAACCCUUUUAUAUACUCUCUGAAGACUGAUGAGAUCCUGACCGCCAUUAAAACCAUUUGCAGGACAUACAGACCUAGGAGAAAGAACUAG